AUGAAGUCUCACGAGGGAGAGCUGGUGAGGGAGAUCUCCAAGCUCCAGGGUAUAGUGGCGGAGUUGAAGGCUGGCUUCUCGCGCGCGCUGCUGGAGCUGAGCCACAUCCAGCACGGGGACAGCCGACUGCAGAGCCAGCUGCAGGAGACACAGACCUGCUGCCACAAGAGAGCCCUGCACCUGGAGGCUCUGGUGCAGUCGCUACGGGAGGAGCUGGGUGAGGUCCGUGCCCAGAUCAGGCUUCUGUGUGGCAACCGCUUCAAGGCAGAGCCGGAGUCAAAGACGACACAGUCAGCAGAGGCCAGAGCACAGGGGUCUGCACUCACCCAGGGCAACAGUGAGACGGGGCACAGCUCUGGCAUAUGCCAGCCUGAUGGGGAUGGGGGAUGCCCGUGUCAGUGCCAGUGCCCGUGCCCGUGUGUGUGCAGCAUGUCUGCCUCCCCCAGCUCCUCUCUGAGGGCAGGACUGCUGCUGCACUGCUACCUUCAGGGGCUCCGUGCCGGACAGUACCAGGCCACAGAUGGAACAGUCAAUUGUCAAGUGGUACCCAUGUGUGUCAGGGUUCCACAGACUGUGAUAGGUUCCUGGGGAAGUGAGAUGCCACGCCCCUGCUCUCUUGAAGGAAGGAGGCAGCAGGUGAUUGUGCAGCUGCUGCAGUCGGAGUGGGAGUACGUGUCCAGCCUGGGCCAGCUCUACGACAAAUACAAAUCCCCACCUGAACUGGCCAACGCUGAACCACAGAAGGUGUUUCUGAGACAUGUGGAGCAGUUGCUGCAGCGCCACCUGGUGUUCCGUAAUGCACUGGAGGAGAAGCUGGCUGCGGACCAGUGGAGGUGCCUGGUGGGGGAUGUGUUUGGCAAACUGACAGGACAUGGCGAGGCGGCGUUUUCGGAGGCCUAUCUGGGUUACGUGUCCACUCUGCCUGCCAUUCUGAACGCUGAGAUCAGCAGAGUACCACAGGCAGCAAAGACCCACAAUGCCCAGGGUUGCCAGGAGAAAAAAGAAGGGGCGGGGCUUAUAUCGUUGCUCUUCUCACCUGUGUCAAGGAUCCACAGCUACCUGAGCAUCAUACAGAGUCUCCUUGACUGGACAGGAGGAGACCACCCGGACCGCCAUCUGCUUGAGGACACGCAAAGGAUUCUGGGACACAUCCGUUCCCGUGGCCACACCCUGCUGGAGCAGGACGUCCAAUCAGAAGAGAGGCCAGCUGCUGCAGUCACUGGAUUAAGAUGUGAGAUCCCCAGUCCAGACUGCCCCCCCUCUGCCUUCUCCAAAUACUCCCCCAACUCCAGAGACACCCUGACGCGCUCACAGCCUCACCGACAGGACAAUCCGAUCGCCAACUCACAUCCAUCCAGUCUGUGCCACCCAGCGGUCAAUGCUGCUGGUGUCUGCUGGAACCAGGGACCCUCCGCGUGGAACCUGCCCCCCGAUGCCACCCCUGUGCGGGUGCCUGUGCCAGCACCCAGGGAGAGGCCCGGAGAAGUGCGCUUCGUCCUGGACCCUUCCUCUGAGCAAGGAGGGGGGGCCACCACGGACAGCGACCCGGGACAGGGCCCCUCCCCACAGCCUCUGGUCAAGAGGAUGUACACUUCAGAGGUCUACCACGUUAACAGCCACCAGCACAGUCAGCAGCCACUACAGCAGGUGGUGGAGCUGGAGACGGACCCGGAGGACUUGGGCGACGCCUCUGUGUUCGACUACUCCUCCGUUACCACCUGCAGCCCCGACGACACGCUGGAGCUCCACCACCCCCACCACCCCCAUCCCCUCUCCCAUCACCACCUCCACGCCAACGGCUGCAUGGCAACGGAGCGCAGCAACGGCACGGAGGAGAGCCGCGAGGAGGAAGAUGAGGAGGAGGAGGAGGACAGUCAGAUCCCCGUGCUGCUCAAGCCCUCCUACACGCUCCCGCGCCUCAAGCCCUCGGGACAGAGGCCGCCCCUCUCCCCCAGGCUGGCACACCGCGAGCGGGACGCGGGAGGAGGGGGCCACCGGGACCGGGAGGGUGGUGGUGGUGGAGGUGGUCAGGGCCACAGGGACGGGCCCGUCUGCACUCGGUGGCAGAUCCCCAGAGCCGCCCCCAACCCCCCCAUGCACACGCAGGCCCACGCCCAGAUGCAGCAGGCUGGUAGCCAGGUGUGCAUCAUGCUGGGUGGAGGUGGAGGUGGAGGAGGGGGUACGGUGGAGAGGAGGGAGAGGAGAGUGAAGCUCCAGAGGCAGCCUUCCAGAGCAUUCCGGCCCAUAUGGGACCAGCCCUAUAGACAGGGAGAUGAGACUCCUGACAGGGACCAAUCACAACCCCAAAGGGGAGUGACAUCACAGGGGCAUCCAACGUCCAAACCACAGCAGGACAGAGAUGGAGUGAGGUCCUCUCUGUACAGUGGUGGGGCCACACAAAUGGCUGCGCAUGGCAACCGAAACGCUUGGAACGAGAGUGAGGAGAGCGAAGGACCUUGCAGCACUGUUUAACAAACACACACACACACACACACAGGCAGGCGUGCACCGCAUACACACGCACGCACACACACUAUUAUUCAUUCCCUAUAUUUCUUCAAUCACUGAUGUGUUGCUUUGUCAUUUGACUUGAGUCAGAUUCAUCUCGUGGCUUGCCUCCCAUGCUGGGCUUCUGCCAUUGGCAGAGAAGGUUUUUGGUGCUCCUCUCCAUACAAAGACAUGCUGUAUAUAUUUUUUCUUUUUCUUUUCUCAUUGGCAGUGCCAUUAUGACGAGUUGGUCCAAGUCGUUUAAACUCAACAGCUAAUUAAUGCUAAUUAAAUACAGCCUGUAAUACAGUUUUCUGUUAUUACAAAUGAGGAAUGUUGCUGAGAAAAACACACCAUGUCACGUAAAGUCUGCAGUGUUGCCUUCAUAACGUUGGGCAAUGACUAUUAAGAUGGCUGAUCUGUCUCUCAACAAACACCAUUGUUUUUUUUACACACGCACACACACGCACACACACACUCUCCUGCAUGGGGAUAGACUAACUCAGAGAUGUAUAGAAUGUAUAAAACAGAUAAUAAUAAUAAUAACAACAACAGAAGAACAAAAAAAUUAAUUCAGAAGCCAGACUUUCAAUAAAGUUUGAUUAUGUACAAAAUAAGACCAGGUGAUUUUUUUAUUAAUCUCUUUUCAGAACAUGAAUACAAAAUGCUUUUUUUGUCCAUGGUUAAAGGCCACACAACCACCAGCUGCUCUUGUUGCUGCCGCUGCUUGACCAAGACAAGACCAGACCAGGCCAGGGGAACUCUGGGAUAGCCUGGAGGACCACCCCCUAACACACAUGAAGUGUCCCGGGAGCCCCACGACGGACAUCAAGACGUACAAACAAGAACAAAUAACGACAGACGCACCUAUUAACAUCGGGACAAGGGAACAAAAAAAACUAAAACAAACAAAAUGCCAAAGCACAUUUAGAACAUCUCACCCUCCCCCCCGGUACACAAACAGGAUGUGACAUCAUAAGAGGAGGACAUGAGUCCGGUAAGGCCGCCAUGAGGGGGAUUCCUUGUGGGUUAAAGGCUACAAGUCAUUCAAGUUGCUAUCGUCCUUUCCUCUUGCCUUGCUGUUGCCCCCUACUCUGUGAAGAAAUCAAUCGUUUCCCCGCUUUUCAGUGUUUCCCCCCCAUUCCACAUACCUAUGCUAUGAAUAACUUCUGAAUUAGGUUUUUGCAAGAUUUUGCAUAAAAACUUCAACGAUCGAUGAUGAGCUUUGUGUCACAAGGCUGUCGGUCAGAGGAAAGGACACAAGAGACUCGAAUGACUUGCACACAAAGUCUGGGUGCCUCGGGGGCUUGUCCUAUAGGGGUAGUAGGGCAAACACAGCAACGUGGGUGUGUCUGCAUACCUGUGGAGUGUUUGCUUCAAAGUGUGUGUCUGUGUGUGUGUGUACUGAUCAUGGGGCUCAAGGAUCCACUUCGGUUUAGAGUAAUUAGUGUGUGUGUGUGUGUGUGUGUGUGUGCAUGUGUAGACUAUUUAGUUUGCGGUCUAUAUAACAGUACAGCCCUAAAGUGCAGAAAGUCAGACUCGACCCCAUUCUUGCCUAUGUUUUUGGGGCUUUUUUUUCUCUUUUUGUUUGUUUUUUUAAAGUUUGCUUCUUGGUCAUCCAAAAACGUCAAUCUUUUCAACUGAGAACAGGUCAAUCCACCCACCCAGCCAGCCAGCCAAUUAGCUGUUAAUAAGUCUGCCAACAGUGUAGUGGUUCAUUAGACUGUAUUAAAUCAAAAGGUUGCCGUGUGCCAAGUGUAUUCAUUUGGUUUGACAAAGCAGAUAUGCUCAGAUGGCCAUCUUAAACCGCAUUAUUAUUUUCUAUGUGUACGUGUCGUGUGUGCCUGUGUGUGUGCGUGUGUGUCUUGUAGGAUUGUCUGAUGGACUGUAUUCCACUCUUACAUCAAAAUAAAAAAUAUUAUCAUGGCUUUGGGUAGAAAUAGGGCUUUAGAUUUCCAUAAAAGGCAAAGAGUUUCCAUUCACACACACACACACACACACACACACACGCACACGCAC